AAUGCUUAGCUGAAUUUGUCAAGCACGUCAACAAAACAAAAAAGAAAAAGAAAAAGAAAAAAAAAAGCAGAUUCCAAACUGACCCGUGAUGAACUUGAGAACUGUGCAUUUCUGCCUGUCAGACUCUGUAGGACCCAGCGGAAAACUGCUCCAACCGGAGGGAGACGGAGCAAGAGAGAGGGAGAAAGCUGAGUGGAGAGAAGACGUUCCCAGAUCAGUCAGUGGCUUCAUGGAGUUAUGUACCUCUGAUCCGCCGCCAUGGAUUGCAAUCCGCGAUCACUCCCUUUCAUUUUACUUCUUUUAUUGUCCUGCGUUGUCCCCGCGUUCCCCAUCAUCUACCCUCCUAAUGAAGUCAACCUCUUAGACUCUAAAGCGAGCCAAGGGGAGUUGGGAUGGAUUUCCUACCCAUCGCAUGGGUGGAGGGAAAAUUGGGAGGAGAUCAGUGGGGUGGAUGAGCACUACACCCCCAUCAGGACCUUCCAGGUCUGCAAUGUGAUGGAGUACAGCCAGAACAACUGGCUUCGCACCAACUGGAUCCCUCGUCAGUCGGCCCAGAAGAUCUACGUGGAGCUGAAGUUCACCCUCAGGGACUGCAACUCCAUCCCGUUGGUCCUGGGCACCUGCAAGGAGACCUUCAAUCUCCUCUACCAGGAGACAGAUGACGACCAGGGCAGCCACUUCAGAGAACAUCAGUUCUCCAAGAUUGACACUAUCGCUGCUGACGAGAGUUUUACCCAAACCGACCUGGGAGAUCGCAUCCUCAAGCUCAAUACUGAGGUGCGCGAGGUGGGUCCCAUGAGCAAGAAGGGCUUCUACCUGGCCUUCCAGGAUGUGGGCGCCUGCGUAGCUUUAGUUUCAGUGAGGGUGUACUUUAAAAAGUGCCCCCACACCGUGAGGAAUCUGGCCUCCUUCCCCGACACUGUGCCCAUGGACUCCCAGUCGCUGGUGGAGGUCAAAGGCUUGUGCGUCAACCACUCCAAAGAGGAGGAGCCUCCACGAAUGUACUGUAGCACGGAAGGGGAGUGGCUCGUGCCUAUUGGGAAGUGUCUAUGUAACCCAGGAUACGAGGAGAGAAGCAGCACCUGUCAAACUUGCAGGGCUGGCUUCUACAAAUCUACCCUCGGGAACAUGGCGUGUUCAAAGUGUCCCCCUCAUAGCUUCUCUCACCACGAGGGGUCACUCCACUGUGGCUGUGAGAAGAACUACUUCCGCGCUGAUGGAGACCCCGCCUCUAUGGCCUGCACCCGACCUCCUACGGCUCCGCGGAACGUGAUUUCUUCCAUCAACGAGACUUCAGUCAUCCUGGACUGGAGCUGGCCGGAGGACACAGGAGGACGCAGGGACGUCACCUUCACCGUCCUCUGCAAGCGCUGCCGGGGCGUCCCCGCCAACGGCAGCAACAACGGAACCCAGCGCUGUGAGCCGUGCCGCAGCAACGUGCGCUUCCUGCCGCGGGCCGCGGGCCUCCAGAACACCACGGUGACGGUGGCCGACCUGCUGGCCCACACAAACUACACGUUCGAGAUCGAGGCGCAGAACGGCGUGUCGUCGCUGGCACCCAGGAUGAGACAGUGGGCCGCCGUCACCAUCACCACCAACCAAGCUGCUCCGUCUCCGGUAACUGUGAUCAAAAAGGAGAAGACAUCCCGAAACAGCGUCUCCCUGUCUUGGCAAGAGCCAGAAAGGCCCAACGGCAUCAUCCUCGACUAUGAGAUCAAAUACUACGAAAAGGAGGAGCAGGAAAUCAGCUACACCAUCCUCCGUGCUAAAGGCUGUAAUGUGACCCUGAAUGGUUUGAAGUCCAACACCGCCUACCUGCUGCAGAUCAGGGCUCGCACCGCUGCCGGAUACGGUGCCAGCAGCCCCAGUUUCCAGUUUGAGACCAGCCCCGACUCGGCCUUCUCCAUCUCCAGUGAGAGCAGCCAGGUUGUUUUGAUUGCCAUUUCCUCGGCCGUUGCCAUCAUCCUGCUCACUGUGCUGCUCUACGUCCUGAUUGGCAGGUUUUGUUGCCGCAGCAAAUCCAAACAUCCUGAUGAGAAAAGACUGCACUUUGGGAACGGCCACUUGCGCCUGCCAGGCAUCAGGACUUAUGUGGAUCCGCACACAUAUGAGGACCCGAGCCAGGCCGUUCACGAAUUUGCCAAGGAGCUGGACGCCUCCUGCAUCGCCAUCGACAAAGUCGUUGGAGCAGGUGAAUUUGGUGAGGUGUGCAGUGGUCGACUGAAGUUGCCCAGCAAGAAGGAGAUCUGUGUGGCCAUCAAGACUCUCAAAGGGGGAUACACAGACAAGCAGAGACGGGACUUUCUUGCCGAGGCAUCAAUCAUGGGACAGUUCGACCACCCUAACAUCAUCAGGCUGGAGGGGGUGGUAACACGCAGUAAACCAGUCAUGAUUGUCACAGAAUACAUGGAGAAUGGAUCCCUUGACAGCUUUUUAAGAAAACACGAUGCCCAGUUUACGGGUAUCCAGCUGGUUGGCAUGCUGCGCGGCAUCGCCUCGGGCAUGAAGUACCUUUCAGACAUGGGCUAUGUUCACCGAGACCUGGCAGCUCGAAACAUCCUGGUCAACAGCAAUCUGGUGUGUAAGGUGUCAGAUUUUGGCCUGUCCCGAGUGCUGGAGGACGACCCGGAGGCUGCUUACACCACCAGGGGAGGUAAGAUCCCUAUCCGGUGGACAGCCCCAGAGGCUAUUGCCUACAGGAAGUUCACAUCAGCCAGCGAUGCUUGGAGUUAUGGCAUUGUACUCUGGGAAGUGAUGUCAUACGGGGAAAGGCCAUACUGGGAGAUGUCCAAUCAGGAUGUAAUAAAAGCCGUAGACGAGGGUUACCGCCUGCCACCACCCAUGGACUGCCCUGCCACCCUGUACCAACUGAUGUUGGACUGCUGGCAAAAGGAGAGGAACAAUCGGCCCAAGUUUGAACAGAUCGUCAGUAUCUUGGAUAAACUCAUCCGCAAUCCCGGCAGCCUCAAAAUCACAGCCAACACCACAUCCAGACCGGCCAACCUGUUAUUGGACAGGAGCAGUUCAGAGGUCCCCUCGAUGGGAACAAUGGGUGACUGGAUGGAUGGAAUGAGAACCCUGCCCUGCAAGGAGGCCUUCUCCGGGGUCAGCUACAGCUCCUGUGACACCCUGGCCAAGACCUCCACAGAAGUGGUUCUGACGGAGGUCCACGUCACACCAGCCACUUGCCCAGAAUGGGAGCCGUCCAUGGGGAUCACCACUCUCUAACGCCCAGCUCCGCUCCACCUUGCUCAGGCUCUGGAUGGGAUCUGAAGAAGGUUGGAGUGACUAUUGUAGGACCGCAGAAGAAGAUAGUGAGUAGCCUGAAAGCCCUCGAUUCCCACACCAAGAACGGCCCAGUGCCUGUUUAAAAAAAAAAGAAAAAAAAAGGAAAGAAAAAAAAAAGACUGAACCCGACAAACGAAAAAACCACCAGAGACCUAUCUGUGCUGGUCUGUGUAGACAGACUGUGGUUGCUAAUCGCACUCUAACACAGUGGCUGUGUAUCCGAACUGGAAAUGGGGGGAAAAAUAUGAUAUGAUUCAAGUGAUGUUGAUUCAUUGAAAGGUAUCCUGAGAGACAAAUGGGAAUGAGUUCAGUGCGCACCUGCCAGGUAAGAGCAGUUCACUGGCUGACUCAACCCUCCUUCCCUCCAUGCCCAAGUUGAGAUGCCUUACAGACUAAUACGGGGGUCGAGAGCAGAGGAAAGAGAAGGAAGUAAUAGAGACAUGAUCAGGAACACGUACGAGGACUGUGCUGGGACAUACGGGACUGGAUUUACAUAACGCUGGAGCUCUCCAUGAUUGUCGUUGCCCAACAAGCAGCCUGUGGAGCAAAGCGGCGACGCAGCUUGUGCGCGGAAGACCACGGCGUGCAGACCCAGACGUGGACCGCUCCAGAACGAAUGGAGCCUGAGGCGUGAAGUUUUGUUGCAAACUACCUACAUUUACUGUCUAUCCAUAAGAGAGCUGAGCUACAGACGCACCCAGACGCCUACCGAGCCAUUUUACUCUGUAACCUAUAGCAUUUCCAUUCAGUAAACAUGUCCCAUAAAAGCAAUAAUAAUAAUAUAAGCAGUCAAGUAGUGUCAUUGUACGGAAGCCAUCAGUCCAUCACAUGUAUAAUGUACUGAAAGCUGUGCUUCGAAGGUACAGGGGCCAUAACGCAGAUCACACGUUAUUUUGCUUUACAGCGACAUCUGUGUUCAGUGUGCUUACGAACAGAUAUUGUACUGCUGUAGUGCUGUUACCCAGUGCCCUGUGUGUGAAAUCUCAGGAUGUGUGCUUCAUUCAGUUUUCUCGAACAAUGAAGAAACAGUAGAGGGCAUGGAGCGGACUCUGGAGCCGAGAUGGCAGGUUCAGAAAGACGUGCAUGAAAAAGGAAAAAGUAAGAAAGUAAUGAAUGAGAGGGCAGCUUAGGAAUACGAAGCAGUGCCAGCCCUCUGCUUCCGUUGUGGCUGCGUGUUUUUAAACUACCAUUUUGUACUUGAGUUUCUUCUUAUGGCUCAUCCCCGUCAAGCCCCCGCAACGUCAGGUGGUCGCGCCUGCGUGAGAUCAUUUGAUGGGUUGAGGUCAGCCCUUUUCCAUUUGAGUUUGUAGCCCAUUUUGCUUAGCUUCGGAUCCUUAACUUAUUAACAAAGCCAUUUUCUUCGCCGAUUGGGAAUUUGGUGUAAAAAAAAAAAAAAAAAAAAUUAUAAUACUAGCUUUUAACCCACAGAUCCUGGUGUAUUUGAUGCAAAAAGUAGAGUGCCUCCUGUCGUCGUGUUGGAUCAUGGUGGGAUCACCUAGCAAAAAGCUCCAGGUUUUGGUUUGAUUUCAAGACAGUCUUUUUAUUUUGUGCGCUCUCUUUGGGGUGUGGGGUUUAUCAGCUAUCGCCCUGAAACUAAUUGGGUUUGGAAACCUGGAGAGAGUUGCAGCAGUUCUAAUAGACGUUUGCUUUCUGAGAUAGUAUCCCAGUACGUCACAUAUCAGGACAUGAUUUCCUAAAGGCACCUCAGAAGAUCUGUGUACAUCGAGGUACAUACUUUAAGAUGCUACUCUCCUGUUUUGAUGUCCCCCAGCCAAUUGUUCAGUACAACAGAUACCUGGUAUAUUUGAACUGGCACUUUGGUACUUUGUGCUAAUGGGUGGGUCAUAUUAAAUCAAGAGGAUGUCUUUAAGCUUCUUCAAGCACUUAGUACACAGCAUUCGAGCACUUUGAAAUGGAAUUGCCUCGGCUAUAGACUAAGCUUGUCAAAUAGACAGAGGUGAUUUCGGUGCUUUUGGGAAACCCCGACCUGUUCGGUUGUCUGUCAGCCCUAACUUCUGUUACUUGGUCUACCUGUGGAUGCUGCUGUUGCUGCUAUGUGAUCUAAUUAGCAUGUACAUAAUGUAAACCAUCAUAAUGAUAGCAACUAGCACUACGGAUCCCACUAUAUGUACAUGGCCAUCCCUUUUUUUUUUGUACAAAUGUUUGUAUGUAUAAAAGACUGAAUACAAAUUGUGCAACAUUUUUAAUUAAAAAAAAAAGAGACAAAACUCAUCUGUAUUAUAUUUUAUCUUGUUUUGAGUUAUAUUUGUCAGCGUUGUUUUUUUCUACAAUAAAAAGGCAAUUAAGAUACAUUAUUUAUUUGUUAACAUUAUACAGUGCAUUUUUUUUUCUUUCUUUUAUGGAGCAUAGAGUAAAUUAUGUGUCAGUGUCUGUGUUUUUUUUUUUGUUUGUUUGUUUGUUUUUGACUUACUUUAUAAACCUGAGACAUCUAAGAGAGCAAUACUGUUAUGAAGCCUAUAUCCAGAUCCCUAAUUUUAUGUCUCAAGACUGAUACGUGUGUCUGUGUGAGAAUUUAUGUGUGCAAAUGUAGAUGGCCUUGUCUACUAAUGUAAAAUGAUUUGUAGUGGAAACAUUUAUAUUUUUAUAAAUAAAUAUUCGCAAAAUAUUUUCCAAAAAACGGAUGAUAAUAGA